CCGUGGUCCACCGGGGUGUUCUUCGGUGCCCUGGUUUUGCCCUAUGUCGCCAUGGUGGUGUUCACCUUGGAGCUCGUCAUGGAGGAGCUCCAGGGCUGGCGCCCACGCAGCAGGUGUGCCUUGGCGUUGCGACUCGGAGAAGAGCCCCUGACCUUGCUGGAGGGUGGCCAGGGCGAAGAUGUCCGUGGCCAGGGCAAGGCCUUGGUCUUCGACUUGCCCGAGGUCCUGCUGGAGCAGACCCUUCCGCUCUGGAUCAUGCUGCUGAUGCUGCCCGACCUCAUGGUGAGGUCGGCCGAUCUGGUGGCCUCUUGCUGCCUGGAUUUGCGACAUGAGGUUGCAGCAGCGCUGGAAGGCGAGGGGGCGCCCAUGUUCCGCCGGUGCCACUACGGGACCGAGCACGGCAGCACCACGGGGCUCGAGCGUCGGACGUCCGAGCGAAGCGCGGAUCGAUCGGGUGAUCCAACGAGUCCGAGGAUCGGUCGGUCGGUCGUCGCGGGGAGGUCAAGGUCGCACCGGUGAAAACCAAGGGAGAACGGUGGCACCCGGUUUGGA